GUCCUCAGAUUCUCAAGAAAAUCGAAGAAGCUUUACUAAACAAGCACUUUUCUGACAGCGUACUUGAUCAAUACCUGUGUGCUCUCAAAGAAGAAUGGAUGGAGUGAGUUACAUAAUAAAUCAGUAGUUGGAUGAGGUUUUUACCCUAUUUUUCGAGUUACGGAUAGGUAACUUUCCUAAAACAUUGUUAUUGGUUACUUGGGCAAAAGUACAAUACGCACGUGACGGUGAAGGACCAGAUUUAUGAAUAAACGUUGACUAACAAAGAUACAUAAUGGUUAUUUUGUUCUUCUAAUGAGUUUCCAAACCAUCUAUUAUGCUGUUAUGUAGGUUGCGUGAUUUCCAUAUUUAGGUGUAAGCUAUUGGCCAAUCAGAAGACACUGAUUGGCAGGGAUUGACCACAGUCGCCAAACUGUCAACAACACGUUAUUUAUGGCUGGUUUAAGGCCCGGUCACGCUACACAACGAUAACGAUACGAGAACUUGUACUGUAUACACGCACUGAUUGGUCAAAAGUUUAUCGUUUUCGUCCAACUGAAAAAAAAUCGCUCGGGUGAGCGAUUUUAAAAUCGUUAUCGUCAAACGAGAAUUUUAUCAUUGUCGUCGUAGCGUGGACACAUAUUUUGGCAAUCAUCGCGUAAUCGUAUCGUUUUCAUUGUGUAGCGUGACCGGGCCUUUACACUGUCAGAAUUUAUGUGAUUGAGUUGCAAAAAGUGUUCAAAUGUUUCCGGGGAAAAAUUCUUUCCUCAAAAUAAUGAGAAUUAUGGCUUUUUCAAAUUGCAAAAUGUAUAAAUUACAGUAUAUCAUUCGAAAUCGGCUAAUCUUAUUUCCUCCUGGAUAUUUUUCAAUUUUUAUUGUGUUCUCAGUAUAUUCUCCAAUGUGAUAGCCAUCCGGUGUCGAUACUCUCGCAAUAGUUAGCAGCACAAUAUCAGCAUCCUGCCAACCUCAACCUGCCUGGUCCAGUAUCAUCAAUGACCUCACAUACGGUGAACCUUGCUCAUGGGUGAUACCCGCAUGCCCGCAGUAGGAAUUUUGCAUGGGUAAAUUUUGAAGGAUAUAUAGGGCCGUCGGAAACGGGCCCAAUAAUUUCCUCACUCAUGAAGAUUUUUUUCUUUUUAUACUUUCUUUCUUUCUUGCACGUGCAAUAGACAACUUGCAUGUUAGACUAAUUUUUGAUCUAGGCAAAAAAGUAAAUUCCCGUAAAGAACUUAUUGAAAUUAGUAAAAUUGCAAAAUUUGGUUACGAAAUGUUAUAAAAUACGGAAAAUAUAGCCUUCCGAAUUUUGCAAAUUUUGUAUAUGUUUGUAUUACGUGCGGAAAUUGUUACCAUUUUUGAGCCGAAAAUGGUAUAACAAUUUCCGCACGUAAUACAAACAUAUACAAAAUUUGCAAACUUCGGAAGGCUAUAUUUUCCGUAUUUUACAACAUUUCAUAACCAAAUUUUGCAAUUUUACUAAUUUCAUUAUGUUCUUUUUAGCGGUAGUGUUCGAUUCCCUUCUCUUUAUUAAAACCAAAAUUUAGUCUAACAUGCAAGUUGUCCAUUACAAUCAACUUAUCCGUAACAGUUUGUUGUUACAUUGAUAUUGUGCAUAUAUCAAUACAGGAACCAAACCAAUUCAUCCAUGCUCAAAACUGGGGGGAUGAAGGUGUAAAAUGUUAUAGAGUGAAUUAAAAAAAUCUUGAAUUUUUAAAUGUCAGGAAUUCAUAACAUUGAUAAACAUUCCUCUCAGGAAACACUGAAAUGGAUUUUGGGAAACGCAAAAUGUUUCUGGGGAGCAUGCCCUCGACCCCCCUCGUUUGAGCACCCCCCCUCCCCCCCCGCCACCCCCAUAACAAUUCCCUUCCGACACUGUCACAGAAAUUUUGACAGUCCUUGGUGCUUAUAUACCAUGCAUCCUUUACAGACAAACUACAUGUAUGAAGAGGACGAGUGUAGUGACAUUUUACACUAAACUUAAUGUUAUCUUCUAUUUCGUUUCCUUUUAGCAAAGUGAAAGUGAUUUUCAAGUUCUCUAGAUCAGGACCACGAACGUCAGAGGAAAAGGAAAGGUACUGUAGGUUUUGUUAUUUAGCGAUGUACAUGGUGCAAAUUUAGCAUUUUUCUGGCCUACAAUUAUUUUCAAAAAUUGUAGGCCAUACUAUAGUUUUUACCUAUAAAAUUUCAAUUUUGACAAACAAGAAUUAAUUCGCACCCUAAUGUAUGCAUGCAUAUUUGUUACUCAUCCUCAUCGUUCUCGAACGACAUUAUGAAAUGUGCUUUGAUUGAUAGGGUGGGGUGGAGUAGAGUGAGUGGGGUGGGAGGGCACCACAAUAUUGGUGGGUUUUGCCAUGGCAGUUUUAGUACUAGUAUAGUAUAGUAUAGUAGAGUAAAUUUUUAUUCAGAAUAAACACUGUUAUUACAUCUGUUGCCAUUGUGUGUCCUGACUAAAUAUUUUAGGAAUGUCUUCAUUCUGUAAAAGUGCUAUUUCAUUAGCGUAGCAUGAGCAACAAUUUCUUUGUUUAUAGCUUCAUCAUUAUACAGGGGGUGGACAAAAAAGUGCCCCCUCCCAUAAAAAUGGUAUAUCCUGUUCUUUGCCGCCAUAAAUGAAGGAAGUCUUAACAAAAUGUAUAUUUUUCAAAAAGAAAAUAUGGGAUGGCAAAGAGUUAGUUCUGCCAUGCAUAAACAAGUCAGGGAGCUUUCAUUUUUGCGCACGUUUCGGAUACAAGUCCGCCAUCUUGAAUUUUGAGUAAAAACUCUCUAAACGUAUCUAUCUGACUUGAAAUCACAAUUUUUAUUUCCACAUACACAAAACUAAAACUAAAUCACUAAGUUCAAAAACAUAGCCAGCAGGUCGCAAAAAUAAAAGCUCCCUGACUUGUUUAUGGCAGAACUAACUCUUUGCCAUCCCAUAUAUUUUCUUCAGACCAGAAUAGUAUUUCAUAACGCCAAACGAUUUUAUUCAAUUAGGGUCAGACAGUUCAGGUCAUGUGUUUUCAACUUUUUUCACUUUCGAGAUUUUUACGGUCGUUGGUUCCGUAAACCAAGAAAUAAAAAAGUUAGGCCUAUUCUAUUUUCAUUAUAACGGUUUUGAAAUAAAUAAAUAAAGGUCAACCAACAAUGUCAGAUUUACUUGUUUUGCUUCAGAUUAUUCAAAGUCCUGGAUGCCAAACCCGAAGACGAGAUUAUUUUGAAAUUUUGGAUGACUGGUUUCAAUAAGGAAUAUCGUUCGCAUUUAUUAACUUGUUCCCAAACGACCAACCCUGCUUGA